GGAAGACAGCUCUAUUCUAAAGAGGUGUAUCAGUCUCUUCAUUGCCCCUUUGUCCCCUCCAGAAUGGGCGCUGGGAGGGCCCCCUGGGUGGUGGCUCUGCUGGUGAACCUCAUGAGGCUGGAUUCCUUCAUGAUUGAAGGCAGAGACUCCCCAGAGAAUUUUGUGAUUCAGGCAAAGGCGGACUGUUACUUCACCAAUGGUACAGAAAAGGUUCGCUUGCUGGUCAGGUUCAUCUUCAACCUGGAGGAGUAUUUACACUUCGACAGUGACCUGGGGAUGUUUGUGGCUCUGACGGAGCUGGGGAAACCUGAUGCUGACCAGUGGAACAAACGCUUGGAUCUCCUGGAGACGAGCAGAGCUGCUGUGAACAUGGUCUGCAGGCAGAAGUACAAGCUGGGGGCCCCCUUCACUGUGGAGAGAAAUGUGCCUCCAGAGGUGACAGUGUACCCAGAGAGGACCCCGUUGCUGUUGCAGCACAACCUGCUGCUCUGCUCUGUGACAGGCUUCUACCCCGGGGACAUAAGUGUCAAGUGGUUCCGGAAUGGACAGGAGGAGAGGUCUGGGGUCAUGUCCACUGGCCUUGUUAGGAAUGGAGACUGGACCUUCCAGACAACAGUAAUGCUGGAGAUGAUCCCAGAGCUUGGUGACAUCUACAGCUGCCUCGUGGAGCACCCCGGCCUCCUGAGACCUGUUUCUGUGGCAUGGAUGGCUCAGUCUGAAUAUUCCUGGAAAAAGAUACUGAGUGGAGCUGCAGCGUUCCUGCUUGGGCUGAUUGUCUUCCUGGUGGGGGUUGUUAUCCAUCUCAAGGCUCAGAAAGCAUCUGUGGAGACUCAACCUGGCAAUGAGGCCUCAAGAGAGCUUCUCCAUUCUCAACCCUAGUAAGAUCCUAAUGGAAGCCUCUCCCUCAGAACCUGAAGAAGUGUGACAAGGCUGCAGAUUCGGGUUGGCAAAGGAUGCUGGCUUUUCAGUCUGUGAGAUGUGGUCAUGGACUUUCCCUUUGUCCUGUACCUCAGUAGUCCCUCAUUUCCAGGACAUGGUCCAGAAACUUCCUUAGGACCUAACUCAUUCCACACCCAAGUUGCUUUGGCCCAAUCCUAACCCUGUGACUGUGGAGCCCCAAGAUUUCUAUCUUCCAACCACAGCUUCUAGUCUUCCAUACAGUCACCUUAAAAAUCCUUAUUGUAAAAAUAAAACAGCCACAGGCAACCGCAGUGAAGUAUAAAUCAAUGACUUGUUCAAGGCAAAACCCGUGUCAUCACUUGCUCAGGUCAAAACACAAACAGUGGUGGUCUCUGUGGAAUUCCUUAUGUGCCUCAGCCAAUAAACACCCACAACACACACUAUCCACGUGGGGUGAUUAGAUACAGCCAAGCAUACGCUUCUUUAUACAAGAAUACAUGGUCUUUCUUGUCUCCCAGACUUUCAGAUGUUUUAUGUCAUUUUUUCUUUCUGAUAGGAUUAAAGCUGUUGAGAAGGCUCGGGCACCAAGGUGAAGGGUUCCCACGCUGAGAUGUUGUUGCCUACACACAUGGUGCCAUCUGACACAUGUGGUGCCAUCUGACACACGUGGUGCCAUCUGACACACUCUUUUACCCUUUUUGUUUCCUGUGAGUUAGCACCUGAUGCAGACUCCGGGUGGGACUCUGGUCUGAUUGUUUUGGAGUCUGAGGGGGCCAUGACGUUUCCUGGAGUCACAGUGUAUCUCCUUGUUUUUCUUUUCAUGAUGUUACAACAAGCAUGGAUACUAAUUGGCCCAUCUGCUAAUUUACUGGGGAUGGCUACAUUGUGACGUCUAUUUCUAGGAUUUUUUAUUUAUAGCAUAUUGUUGGCUCUGCUCAAUGUUAGCUGCAGUAGAAGUUCAAAGCUAAUGGUGGUAAAACUGUUGGCAUCUUAAAGUGAGUCUAGCCUGCACAGUGCUACCGUGGUGUCCAGUGCUGCAGGAUUCUGAAACAAAGCACUAAUUUCACUUAAUAGUGACCUUAGUGGAGCAAUGGAUUCACUGGUUUACAAAGUCUUGACACCUGAGUAACAUCUUUUUAAUAAGUUGACAGUUGGGAGUGCUUCUGCUGUAUGUAGAUGGGAAGGCUGUUGUAAAAAUUGCUUGAGUUGUGAGUAAAACUGAGCAUGCUUCAUUC